AUGAAACUGGUCCUCCCUUCCAUUAUUACUGAUUUCCAGGGAGCUUUCAUUCAUGAAAGACAAAUUAGUGAUGGAAUUUUGAUUACGGAUGAGCUAAUUGACUCAAGAAAGAGGGAGAAUAAGCCUGGUUUGGUGUGCAAGGUUGACUUCGAAAAAGCUUUUGACAAUAUUAACUGGAACUGUGCUGAUAUUGUUCUUCAAAGAUUUGGUUUUGGGAAUGAUCAAAUUUCAACUUUGAAGAAAAUUAUUUUUGUUUUCCAGUUGGUAUCUGGUUUAGAAGUGAAUUUUCGAAAAAGUGCAAUAAUUGGUAAUGGGGAUGAACAUAAUGGUGCUUUGUGUGCUGAUUUAUUUGGUUGUCAAGUAGCUGACUUUCCUAUAAAUUAUCUUGGCAUAACGCUGGGGAGCAAGUAUAAGAUCAAAGCUGUCUGGAAUAUAAUGCUUCAAAGAUGGGGAUUAAGGUUGAGAACAUGGAGACGGGGACACCUAUCCAAUGGUCAUAGAUUGAUCUUGAUUAAUAGUGUGCUUGCUAGUAUGCCCAUUUAUUAUUUAUCCAUGUUCCAGAUGCCUAUUUCAGAAGUGAAAGAACUAGAGAAAAUUAUGUGUGAUUUUCUUUGGAGCUCUUAUACUACUUCAAAGAAAAGAAGUUGGGUGAAAUGGUCCAAAGCUAUGCCUCCUAAAGCUAAUGGAGGUAUUGGAAUAAAGAAGCUGAAGUUUUUCAAUAAAUCCUUACAUUGCAAAUGGAUUUGGAGAUGUGGAAGAGAAAAAGACCUUUAUGGAGAAAGAUCAUUCGUGAGAAAUUUGGAGAACGGUAAAUUCAUUCAAUUUUGGACUAAUAAUUGGUUAGGUGAUGUUCCUUUUAAAGAUAGAUUCCCAAAUAUCUUUAAAAUUUCAGUUUCAAGAGACUCGACUGUUAAAGACACGAUGUCUUCUCAAGGCUCUUAG